ACAGAUCCUUGACGGCAUCAUGGCAGCAGGUGUCAUACUCCUGAUGCUGUUGGCAGUACUGGGUUUAACUUCAGCUGAUUUUUUUGGGGAUAGCAUUAGUUUUAUGAAGCCACACAAGGACCCUGAUGGAAAUAUUAAGGUGGCCUUCCAUCACAGACAGAAUGGCAGGAAUAACUGUGUUCACCCAUCAUCCUAUGCAUGUGAGAAGUGUACAAGCUUCAUCAACGGUAGUGUCAUCCAAACAGACCAGGACAACACUGGCCGGGGCAGGUGGUGUCAGUCUGAGGGACAUACAAUGGCAAAUGUCUCAUUAAAUGCCUCCUAUAUUUCUCUGAGUAACACAGGUUGCUGCUGGGCAACUAACGAUACAAAGACUAAUUGGACAGCCCAUGCACAUUUGGACCUCAGAACACGGUCUGACACUGAAGCCCUUAACAACUGUCCUGUAACCACUACAGUGUCCUCCCUCAGGGUGCCCCAGAACUGUUUUUCAAACAUUCAUCUUUUAGCGUAUGAUCCAGAUGGAGAUCAUGUGAAGUGCCACUCGUCUGCAGAAGCCACAGUUCAUAACAACAUUACUAUUAAUGAGACUACUUGCACACUAGAAAAGACAGGGCACGUCAGGAAUGGUGUCUACGUUUUUGAAUUAAUGCUUGAGGAUUUCCCCACAAAAAAAAUCUAUCUGUCCCAUGCAAAUGGAACAUCAACAUACUGGGAGACCUCAGAUGAAAACGCAUCACCUCUUUGCAAGCUAAAGCUGCAGUUCUUGCUAGAAAUCCUCCCUUCAAUGCCAAACUGUGAACUUGGUCAUGUGCAACCCAAGUUCUUGGAACCAACACCCAAACACAAGUAUGUGUUUCAUGCCACUGUUGGUGACAAAUUGAUUCUUCAUGCCAAAGCUCAGGCUCAUCAUGCUAUCAUUAAUGACUUUCAGGUCAGCGGGCCCCACAACAUGAAAAAACACUUCAAUGAUGGUGAACAUGGAAAAGCUGAACUUACCUUAACCUGGACGCCACAAGAUAGUGAUGCGUACAGAGUUGCACCAGUCUGCUUCACUGCAGAGACAAAUGAAUCCCAAUCAGAGAUGAGGUGUGUUGUUGUCAUUGUGAGCAAACCAGCGUCCGUUCAUGGUAAAACGGCUGUGACAUGCACAGCCAACCAGAUGAUGGUUGCUGUUGACAUAUCUACAUUGCCUGAAGUGGACGUGAACUAUCUCUCAUUGAAUGACCCAUCAUGCUUGGUCACUUAUAACAGCACUCAUAUCACUGGCUCUGCGUUGUUCACCAACUGUGGUACAAUAAUUGAGGAUGAAGAAAAGUAUAUUAUUUUCAAGAAUCAGAUCCAAACCAUACCUGAUCCGUCAAAAACGGUAUUCCGAAGAAAGAUGGUGAAGAUUGGGUUCUCCUGCCAGUUUCCUAAAAUAGCCACAAUCUCCUCAAAUUAUAAUGUUGAAAAGUCUGAUUACAUUUUCAGCGACUCCAAAUUGGACAGCUUUAGCUAUUCGUUUGACGUUUAUACAGAUGACAACUUCACAAGUAAGGUGCAGCUCAGUGAUUAUCCAGUGCAGAUCGAGUUUCUUCAAAACAUUUUUCUGGGCAUCAAGGCAGAAUCAGAACUAGCAAAUAUGAGUUUGUUCCUGGACUCAUGUAAAGCCACCCCUGAUGACAACCCUGACAAUGCUGACUUCUAUUACCUUGUCAAGGAGGGGUGUGUGAAGGAUCAGUCUUUAAAUGUUAAAACAGUUGAUAUAUUGUCAUACCACUUGGAGUUUCAAGCUUUCAAAUUUAACGGAGACAAUGAUCAGGUUUACAUCACUUGCACAGUCCUUAUGUGCGACGUGAACGAUCCCCUCUCCAGAUGUGCCAUGGGUUGUUUGAACGAGAAGUUCCGCAGGCGCAGACGAGCAGUGGGCAUGCAGACCUCCAUCCACUCGUUGACUCAAGGUCCUUUUCAGUUUGUCAGUGAGGCUGUUCCCAGUGCAGCUGUCCACCACAACAAUGGUGUGGUGAAAAUAGGGCAUGCUGACAUGAUUAAAGCUAAUGUGAGAAAGACGACUGAGAUGGACUACGGUGAUGUGAUGAGAAAGAGUGACACUCCUAUGCCAGUUUCUGGAGAAACCAAAUUGAGGGGAGGACAAAUGGAAAUCAGAGAGAUGUUCAGCACCAGCAUCAGCACUAUGGUCUUUGGUAGUGCGUGCUCGUUGUCUGUGGUAGUGUUGGCUGUGGUUGUUGCCUACUACACACGAAAGAGCAAAGGAGGGGACCAGAAACCUCUUCUGGUUUAUCAAUCCAUUAACUGAACCCAACUAACUAACUAACUAACUAACCUUAUUCCUUAACAAAGUGAUACAAAUCUUUAUAAAGGGGCCUAACCUUUUUUAUGUUCAAAUUCAUGGUUACAUGAUUUGACACAGGCCUGGACUGGCUUGGAUAUUAGCCUUGUGGUUGUGAAUGUUGUCAAGCCCGGAAUGUAUUUACAUGUUCUUGUUGCUCUUUAAUAAUUGUAACAAACUGUUGCGGUAUGUGUUUUACGUACCUUGAAUAAGGUCAUGACCCGCAGCGCCAGCUUUGGACACUCAACUUGACCAGCUGGUUGUGAUUUUCACAGACUAGUCUGAUUUACUAGCCAGCAAUGUUUUCUGAUAAUUCUUCAAUUAUCUACAUGGUUCGCCUCUCAUUUUUUUCUGAUUUCAAUAUUCCUCCUUGUUAAGCCUUAGUAAGCCACAACUACCAAUAAAUAUGCAAAAUAGUAUGUUUAUUCAGGGUGCUUUGUAGGUACAAAUUGUGGACGACUCAGUUUGACUUCUAAUAAAGAGUGCCACUUUUA